AGGGAGCAUAACAAAUUAUUUUAAUACCUUUAAUCUCACUAAAGAACAACUAAAGUUACUUGAUGUAACUUUUUCAAUGGAAACACAGCAACUAAAUAUUCUCUAAUGUCAUUUUCUAGAGCUGAAUCAAAAAUUUCCCAGAUUUUUGUUUUCUCUAAAAGAAAGAACUAAGAAAUACCAAGAUUUAAAACUUAAAUACUUUGGAACACUCCGAAGAACAACAUGGGAAAAACUGGUAGACGAAUUGAAUCUCAUAGAAUAAGAUGUCUUUCCAAGCUGAAGAUGUUUCUAUUGGCAAUAACAUGUGCCUAUGUAUCCAAAACACUAUCUGGAUCUUAUAUGAAUUCCAUGCUCACACAAAUAGAGAGACAAUUCAACAUCCCAACAUCUCUAGUUGGAUUUAUUAAUGGCAGCUUUGAGAUUGGAAAUCUUUUGUUGAUUAUAUUUGUGAGUUAUUUUGGAACCAAACUGCAUAGACCUAUAAUGAUUGGUGUUGGCUGUGUGGUUAUGGGCCUAGGGUGUUUCUUACAAUCUCUACCUCAUUUCCUCAUGGACCGAUAUGAAUAUGAAUCUACAGUUUCAGUUUCAGGCAAUUUGUCCUCAAACAGUUUCUUAUGUAUGGAGGAUAGAAUCCAGAUUUUCAGACCAACAGAAGAUCCAUCAGAAUGUGUGAAGGAAGCUAAAUCGUUAAUGUGGGUGUAUGUACUAGUAGGAAAUGUUAUACGUGGAAUUGGUGAAACUCCCAUCAUGCCUUUGGGCCUUUCCUACAUAGAAGAUUUUGCCAAAUCUGAAAACUCUCCUUUCUAUAUUGGGUUAAUAGAAACAGGAGCUAUCAUUGGUCCUUUGAUUGGACUUCUGCUAGCGUCAUUCUGUGCAAAUGUUUAUGUUGAUACUGGAUUUGUGGAUACAGACAAUCUGAUCAUAACUCCCACUGACACUCGUUGGGUUGGUGCAUGGUGGUUUGGCUUUCUGAUUUGUGCAGCCGUGAAUGCGUUUACUGCCAUUCCUUUUUUCUUUUUGCCCAAAACGCUUCCAAAGGAAGGACUAGAGGAUGAUGCUGACAUCAUUAAAAAUGACCAAAAGGAGAAACAAGAAGAAGAGGUCAAGAAGGAAAAGGCUGGAAUCACUAAAGAUUUUUUACCAUUCAUGAAAAGUCUUUUAUGCAACCCAAUUUACAUGCUUUUCAUAAUCAUAAGUGUGAUACAGUUCAAUGCAUUUGUUAAUAUGCUUUCCUUCAUGCCUAAAUAUAUGGAACAGCAAUAUGGAAAAUCAGCUUCGGAAGCAAUCUUUCUAAUUGGUGUUUAUAAUUUGCCUCCAAUAUGCGUUGGAUAUAUAGUUGGUGGUUUAAUUAUGAAGAAAUUCAAGAUCACUGUCAAACAAGCUGCCCACAUAGGAUGUUGGUUCUCUUUAACUGAGUACUUUCUCUAUUUUUUGUCUUUUCUCAUGAUUUGUGAUAAUUCUUCAAUUGCUGGCAUGACCACCUCUUAUAAAGGAGGAAGGUUUUGCUCCCAGUGGUCAAGCUCUACAGAUUGUCCCAGUGGUCCCCGUGAGGUGCAACUUGAGUGGGCAUCCUGGGAGUGCCGCACAGUGCUGAGGAAGCUCUGCAUCCGCCGUGGGCUCUCUUUCCCACUGGGAGCCUUCCCAGGGCAGUGCUGUGCCAGUCUGGAGGAGGGACAGUUAGAUCGGAGUGUGUUCCAAAAUUGUAGCUGCAUUCAGACAUCAGGAAAUUCAUCUGCAGUUCUUGGGCUGUGUGAUAAAGGACAUGACUGUUCCAUGAUGUUGCAGUACUUUUUAAUCUUAUCUGCGAUUAGCAGUUUCAUUUAUUCUUUAUCUGCCAUACCUGGAUAUAUGGUUCUGCUAAGGUGUAUCAAGCCUGAAGAGAAGUCUCUCGGUGUGGGAUUACAUGCAUUCUGCACAAGAGUAUUUGCUGGAAUUCCUGCACCUAUAUAUUUUGGAGCUUUAGUGGAUUAUACGUGUUUACACUGGGGAACUUUGAAAUGUGGUGAGUCAGGGGCAUGCAGGAUGUAUGAUUCCACCAACUUCAGAUACAUCUACCUCGGAUUGCCAGCAGCACUACGAGGGUCAAGCUAUAUUCCAGCCUUUUCGAUCCUAAUUCUUUUGAGGAAGCGUCAUCUACCUGGUGAAACUGCUCCUUCAGGAACUGUGCUUGUAGAGACAAAGUUUACAGGGAAGGAAAAUGAGUGCAAAGAUAUGCACCAAAAUGCCAAAGUUUUAAAUGACGAUGAGUUGAAAACUAAACUGUAACGCUCUAUUACAUUAUGCUUCCCAGAACUGGAGAACACACUAAGCCUUAACCAUUUUAAAAAUCAAUAGAGAUAUUUCAGGUAAUUUUUUUUUUUUUGGUCUUUAAGACCCUCAAAAAACUGUUUUAUUCAAGACAAAACAAUCUUCACUGAUGGCCUUUGAGAGACAUCAAAGACACCUGGGAUUUUUCUGAGGGACAUUUAUAACAACCCUCAAAAGAGGAUAUUAGUUGCUUUUAUUUUUGUGUUAAAACAUCAAUUUCUCUUAUAAUUGAUUCCAAAUGGGUAUAUUUCCCACAUCUUUUCCAGAUGAUUCUAAAAAUUUAUUAUUAUGAAAAUCUAUUACAUUCCACUGAAUUGCUGCUUUGAUAUUAAAAUUACAUAGAGUCUGAAAUUCUUAUCCUGCUUAUGUGAAUAUUUAAGUCUUUUAUUCAAAUUUAUCAGUUCAUGUGAAAGAAGCCUGUAGAUUCUUAUUCUGUUUAGGAAUUUUUCUUUAAAACUUCCUAUUCAGCCCAGACAUAACUCUUUUUGAAUAGAUCCCUCAUUAAUAUGCCAUCACUUGCUUCUAGUUUGUCCCCUGGUUUAUUACUCAUGUCACAUAUUUGCUCAUUGUGUUCAAAGGACUGACAAACGUAAUCAGGUUAUUAAAAAUCAU